AUGGCAUCAAAGGCUCAUCAUUCAGAAGACGAGAUAUCGGAUAGCGCAUACGUGGUCGAUGAAAACAUCGAGGAAGAGGAAGAGGAGGACGACGACGACGUCUCUAUUUCGCCUAUAUCUGAAAGGGCUCCACCAUGGUCAGGAACUCGCUGGGCUCGUUUCUUCCCUGAGCUAUCCUCUCACUUCUCCUUGGUUUCUCCGACGAACAGUACAACCCAUCUUCUUUCUCAAUCUCACAUGAAGGGCGUACCUCAUGUAGAUAGUCAACUACAACCACUAGAGGGAGUGAAAGGGCGUUCUUCUUUGUCAUCCGAAGAAGUGGCAGAUAACAGGUCGUCGAGUUACACUAGCAGGUCAUCCUUAACGAGUCAGGGGUCCGAAGUUACAUCACCAGUUCAUAAGCCGGUGGACAGCUUUCAUAUGGCAUCCUCCGCUGGGACUAGCGUGUUUGACGAGUCAAAGUCUGAGCAACGAAUUCCUCGUCCGUUACAGAAGCGGCCUUCAAUUGCCCAGUCUAAAGACAAGCCUCUUCCUCAGGAGCCACCUAUUGAGUUAACGCCACUAUCAAUUCGCCAUAAGACGUCCCAAACUCUGGAUAGGGACCUCGAUCAUUAUGCCCGCUUGAACCCUCCACCGCGCUCUAUAUUACAACCAAGCUAUCAUCAUUCGACAUUGUCACAAGCGACUAACGACCUGGAGAGGACUUUGGCAGGACUCACUGAGCAGCGACAGGUGCCAGAACCACUUUCACCUCGCGCUCCUCUGCAGGUCUUCAAUGGGCCUUUGCAAAUUAGUAGAGGCAACAUGGACAUGGUUGCUACGCGACCAGCCCCUCGUCCCCCUGCUAACGUGCAUGAAAGCCAACAGAUCCGCAAAGCCAAAUCCCGCGAAGACACGAAACAAACAAAGAAACCACACAAGGCCAAGCCACCUUUUUCCUUCACAGUGCCAAGCUUCGGUCGGAAACUUAGCCGUGCCCACCAACGAUCUACUAGCAACUCUAGCUCAAAGUCAGAGCCCGAGUCCUCUCGGGCCAGUGUCCUACACCCGCCGGUUGUCUUCGAACUCGGCAACAGUGAAGUCGCUGAGCUACAAGGGUCUUCAAUCGUUGCCUCUGAGGGAAGGCCUGCAUCUGCAGGCGGCGAGAAGGGGCGUCGGAUGAAGCUCCCCCGCCUUCAAACAAAGGAAAUGGGAACACUCCGCCGAGAAAGCAUAAUGCGCCCUUUCAACUCGACGGAAGGUCGGGUCCCCAACACUCGCAAUCAUCCGGAACAGCAGGGAAGGCCAUGCGAAAGAGCAAGGAGCGCGUCCCUCAACGAAAAGUAUUUUGUGUCAUGCAGUAAAUCCGGCGAGACGCCAGCAAAGAUUACUCGUCAGGAUAAACAAGUCUCUGGAACUUCAGCAAUGGUAUAUGAGUUGGAGGCCAGUCUCCCAUUAUCCCCAGUCGAAUUGCAGGGCGAUGCCACGACCCCAACCUGCAAAUCCGUGGGGGCGAUGCCUACUACACUGCCUGUUCGCGUCGUUUUAUCGAUCUUGGAGCAGGUCAAUUCACUUGAUGAGCUUUUCAAUGUUGCAGUUCUUCGCAGAGAUUUCUAUCGAGUGUUUAAGCAACACGAAUUGAGACUCAUGCGAAGGGCUGUGUUCGAAAUGUCUGCGCCAGCGUGGGAGUUGCGUGAGAUGAGCCCCCCAUGGGACACCGAAUGGCAAACCUUAUUAGACCCUGAUGCCCCGGUGCCAGAGUACACCCCAGCCUGCUAUCUCAAGCGCUAUGCUCAAGAUAUCUACACACUGGCUCAUCUCAAGUCCCUUAUAUUAGCUCGGUGUGGGAGUUUUCUGCGCCCAGAAACGAUCCGUGGGCUAUCCGGCAUGGAUGAUGACCGUGCCACGCAGAUUGAUGAUGCCUUUUGGCGUGUCUGGACUUUUUGUCGUAUCUUUGGAUCUGGGAAACAUAGAGAGGGAGACAUUGUGGGACAGUUAGAUUGGCUGAGGGGCGGUACCGUGGCUAUGAGCCGAUGUGCCUCGGUGGCCACAUCUAUAACUGACCCGUAUGACGCAAACAGCGUUUUAUUCGAGCCUCCUGUUGGGUUCGGGUACGGUAACAAAGGCCCUUUAUCAAAGGACCAACUUCAUGAUAUGACCGAGAUCUGGACCUGCCUAGGUGUGCUGCUUCAACCAAUGCACGGUAAGUGUAGUGAAGCGCGGGCUGCUGGAAUCUUCGAUGGGCACGAUGUGGCAGUGAAUGAUCCUGCAAAGGAAGCAGCAAUUUUAGAAGAGUGGACUUACUACAUCCUCACGCUUGGGCUUUCGGCGGUCUUGAUACUCGGUUCGAUCCAUGCCUAUGAUAACACUGCUGUGGUUUUCCAAAGGGCUCAAUCAAUGGGCCUAACAAGAUGGGAACCCUCCGACACUGGUGCCAGCCGUUCCACGUUCCUCAGGGAGGCUGUGUCGAAGGCCUAUCAGCCACAACGAAGUAUUACGUCUCAAACAUCUUCAUACUCUCCUUGUCUUAACUCCCAACUAUCCGGAUCGCUCGUCAGUCGGGAAGGCUCUCCAACGACCAACAGCCCCGGUGAAAGAAUGCCUUCUCCUGACUUUCACCGCCGACGACAAGCCGCCUAUUCUGCCCAAAUAAAGCACCAAAGGCAGCAGCAGCAACUGAGUCCACCCAUUGUUAUGCCCGCGGAAGAACGGCCAAUAUCUCAGUAUGCAACAAUCAUGAGCCGCUUGGAGGCUCUCCCGCUCGCGCCACAACCCCCGAUGUCCAUGUCAAGGAUGGCAACGUCACCUACGACGCAUUCCUAUGUAUCGAACGUUCAUUAUAUGCAGGCACCCCGGCUGGUUAUGCCAGUCAUGCCAGUCUAUCAGCCACAGGUUCGCGACCCUGUUGAUCGGGCUCUCGACACAAUGGUCCGGGAGCUUGGCUUUGAAGAAGAAAAGGCCAAGUGGGCCCUUAAGGUAACAGACAAUGGCGAAGGGAUAAACGUAAAUGCAGCAAUAUCGUUGCUCGUCAGAGAACAAAAAAGCCAUGGACAAAGCCACAGGGGCUUCUCUUUGAAGAAGCGCAGGAGCUUUCUGUCAUCGGUCAUCAACAGUCCGGAGUCGCGAUAUUCAGGCUGGAAAUUUGCUUGA